GAUUGGUAAUUUAUUGUAGAGCUGCAAAGACGAUUUUAGUGAAUCGAUUUUUGAAAAAGAAAUUGAUAAAAUGAAAACAAAGGAUUUAAUUCACCUUUAUUCUUCAAACACCGAAUAGUUCUAUUGAGGACUCGUCUAUCCGAAUCUUGGGAGGCAAACUACCAAAAGUCGAUAUUGAAAUCGGUUUUUUUGCAAUUCCAAUUUGUCUAAACCGUGCUUUUAUAAGGUGAUGUAAAGAUUGGAAAAGUAAUUUUUUUAAAAUGUUUUUUUCAAAUCUGUUAAGCAGACCACUCUUUGGUGCUAUAAGUUUGCUACAAACAUCUGUAUACAGAAAUGCACAUGUUUUCAAUAGGGCGAUACUGAAACCUAAAGUACGUUGCCAUUUCCCAAAGCCCCGAGAAGUGAAACGUAUUAAUGUGCACGGGUGGGAAUCACGAAUGUCAACUCCAGAAGGACGCCGUGUAUUAAUGCGCCGAAUCCUUAAAGGAAGACAUGUACUGUCUCAUUAGUAUAUUGCCUUGGCUAACUAUUACAAAGUAAAUAUAUUCUGAUUUUAAAAUA